AUGACAACGUCGACCAACGGACCCAUUGUUAUGACACAAAAUCAUGCAUGGAUAACAGCUCAACCGUCAACUCAACAACAACAAUUUCAACCACCUAAUUAUAACUCAGCCACAAGACAAAUGUUGCGGCCAUCACAACAACAAACUCCGACUCAAUCACCACAAGCAAUUUUAGCACUGCGUUCUCCUUCUCCAUCACAACAGCAACAAGCUUCCGCAGCUUAUUUAAGAACUCAAAAUAAUGCGAUCACCACUACUAUUAAUAAUAAUAAUAAUAAUCCAAAUUCACUCCAGAGACAGUCAACAAAUCUGACCACACAUCUGCCAUCACCAAUUGUUGAUCAACAAUCGACACAACCAUCUGUGACUAAAUAA